AUGGGCCGUAUAAAGCAGAAAGGAAAGGCUGGGGCAGCCAAGGCUUAUGUUACGCGUUCAGCAGCAAUCAAGAAACUCCAAUGCUCACUCGCCGACUUCCGCAGACUAUGCAUUCUAAAAGGUAUCUUCCCAAGGGAUCCGAAGAACAAGAAGAAGGCGAAUAGAGGAUCAUCAGCUCCUACGUCGUUUUAUUAUGCGAAGGACAUCGCAUACUUAGCUCAUGAGCCCGUAUUGGAAAAGCUUCGAGAACAUAAAGCAUUCGCGAAAAAACUUUCCAGAGCGCUUGGUCGAGGCGAAUGGAGUGUUGCAAAGAGUCUGGAAGAAAACAAGCCAGUCUAUCGGCUUGACCAUAUCAUCAAAGAAAGAUAUCCAACUUUCAUAGAUGCAGUUCGCGACAUCGAUGACGCGCUAUGCCUUAUAUCCCUUUUUGCAUCAUUGCCAUCCAAUAAUAGACUUCCUCCGUCACUCAUCGAAAACUGCGCUCGGUUGUCCGCCGAAUGGCAGCUAUAUGUCAUGCGCACAAAUACACUUCGCAAGAUUUUCUUAUCCAUCAAGGGCGUCUAUUUCCAGGCAGAGGUCAUGGAUCAGAACGUUACCUGGCUUGUGCCAUACCAGUUUACUCAAAACAUUCCCGCGGACGUUGAUGUGCGAGUAAUGUUGACGUUCCUGGAACUCUACCAGACAUUGCUUGGUUUUGUCUUUUUCAAACUCUAUAUGGACGCCGGACUUGUUUAUCCUCCUCCACUGGACUCCGAUAAAGAUGCCACUGCUGCCGGCGUUGGUGCCUUCAGCUUGCAAGAAGUUGACAAGCGGCUUUCUGGUGACAGUAGCGAGCAGCAGAAAAUAGAAGUAACUGGGAAGGCGGUAUCGGGAAAAAUUGUCAGGCAGGCUAUCAAAGACGUCUCUGUUAAUGACACGACACAAAACGAUGCGACUCUGCCCAUGGUCGAAGAGGAUAACAAGGUGGCAGAGGCUACCGAUGACUUCGUCUCUCAACCAUCCAAAACAAACCCAGAAGAAGCUGCUUCAUUGACUACACUCCAAACUCUUUCAUCCUUACCCGAAUCAACAGCCGGAAAGCUACUGUCUCCGUACACAUUCUUCCUAUCCAGAGAAACAUCGCGGCCUCUGUUUGAGUUCAUAAUACGGUCAUUUGGCGGACGUGUUGGUUGGCCUGCAACGUCUGGUUCUGGAUCGCCAUUUGAUGACAGUGACGAAUCGAUAACUCAUGUCAUCAUUGACCGACCGUUAGUCGCCGGGAAUAAUAUAUCAACUGAGGAGAAGGAGCGACGGCAGAAACGCAAGUACGUUCAGCCGCAAUGGGUCGUGGAUUGUGUAAAUGCGGGCAAAGUUCUUUCUGAAGAGCCGUACCUUCAAGGCGCAACACUGCCGCCUCACCUAAGUCCGUUCGGAGAGUCACUCGGUGCAUACAAUCCUACCCAAGCCGAGCAGGAUGCCAUGGACGUCUCCCGUGACGAGGAAGAACAUGAGACCGCGUCUCAAUCGGAUGACGAAAAUGCCGAUACGGCAGAUGGAAAGGAUGCCCUCGGUGUCUCCGUCGCAUAUGCGGGCAGCGAUUCAGAACGGCUGCGCGCUGCCGAGUUACAAGCAGAGUCACAAGGUGUCGACUUUGGAGCAUUUGAAAAGAGUGUCAAAAAGGCGGCAAAGAAAACGGAUGAUGCGACGCCAAGACCGCCGCCGACGGACAAUGAAGUGGACAUGAAUAAGAUGAUGAUGAGCCGGAAACAACGGAAAUUAUAUGACAAGAUGAAAUACAGUGAGAACAAACGGAAUGAGGAGCGGGACCGACUGGAACAGAGGCGACAAGCAUUGCGGAGGGAAAAGAAGCGGAUUCAAAAGACAUAAUGACCUGUAUGAUUCAUCUGCGCAUUGUGUUCAGACAGUCCAUCUCGCUAUUAUUGGUAGUAGAAAUAACUGUUGUGAUGCGUUGUUUGUCCGGCUAUUUUUCAUUGUUGUAGUGGUGGACGAUCAGGUCACUUUGGAUUCUGAUGUUGUACGUAAUACGGCUGUUUCUGUUACACUAUACUUUCGGAAUCUAGAACACCUGUGCCU